UACAACAAUGUAGCAUAUUCGGGUGUCGUAAUAUUGGGAAAAAUCGUUUUCCAUAAAAUAAAAAUACUUUGAGAACUAUGGAAUACGCCUCACGCUGUAAAAAUUUCGAACCAGUAAACGGGCGAAAAGAAGCACGGAACACUUUGGACUUAUUAAAAUACAGAUAAUUUAUAUUAAAAAUAUAUUGUCAAGAGUAAAGAUGGAAGCAUUAUAUCAUCAAACUAGUCAACUUAUUCAAGAGACUUCAGAUUUAUUCAUCAAGUUGGAAAAGGAUCCAGAUAGAUGUGAAGAAAUUGAAAAUGCAAUUCAAUCGAAAGUUAAUUCAAUAAGUUCAAACUGUGAGAAACUGGAUAUAUAUGUGUACAAAACACCUAUUAAUCAAAGACCAAUGGCAAAGAUGAGAGUGGACCAGUUGAAAUAUGACAAUAAACAUAUACAGGCAUCAUUAACAAAUUCUCAAAACAAAAGAAAAAGGCGGGAACAAGAGCGCCUAGACAGAGACCAGUUGCUAAGUCGAAGGUUUGGUCACGACCAUACUGAAAUAAAUGUGGAUUUUUUGGCUCAGGAGAGGAAUUCUUUACAUAGCUCACAUAGAAAUGUGGAUGAAAUGUUGCAUACAGGAUCAAACAUUUUGGACACGCUAAAAAACAACAGGGAAACUUUGAAGGGAGCUCAGAGGCGCCUGAUUGAUUUGGCCAAUACAUUAGGGCUUUCUAACGCCACGAUCUCUCUCAUUGAAAGACGGGUGUCCCAAGACAAGUACGUUCUCUUUGGAGGAAUGUUUGUGACGAUCACCAUAAUCAUCUUGGUAAUUAUUUACUUGACGUAGUUAAUAAUAAGCUAACAGAUUGUACGUGUAGAGGAAUCAUAUUUAUAAAUGAAGUAUACGCGCCAAUAGUGUUUUCUCGAACGUUACUUUGAUGUAAUGGAAAAGUACGUUAAAAAUUAUAUGUUUUUUGUAUGUAAUAAUGCUGCUUUAUGGAAUUCUACAAAGAUUCCUAUGUUGUGGAUAUUAUCCUGUGGAGCUUAAGAACAUCUUUUGAGACAAGAAAAUAAAUCCAUAACUAAUUUUGCUAACCUGACAGUCAACCAUAGAAAUAGUAUUAUUAAAAUAUAUUUGUAAUUUUGAUUUUAAUUUAUUGAAUUAAGUAAUGAAAUUUCUAUUUAAAACACAAUAAUGUGAUGUACUGGUGGAUGGACGGCGAAUGGGGAUCCUAAAUUACAUUCGUGCUCCUAUAAGAAAUAAUAAAUGUAAACAUUCCAUUAAUUUUGCAACAUAUGUAUAUGGUCAAACUCACAGAUUUAUAUAUUGGUCAAACUGGAAAAUUAAAAUUAGGCUAAAUUAUAUUAUUUUGUAAAUAUUGUAAACAUGUUACCUAUUGUUGAACUAUUGAUAUACAAUAAAUACAUAUUUUUCGUACCUAUGUA